UAAAAGACUUAUCUGAGCUCACAUAAAUUUAAAGUAUAAAAGCGAGCAGCUGACAAGUUGUAUUGGAGGUUGUUCUGUUUUAGAGAUGGCAAGUUCUCAACAAAGUAGGCCUAACUAUCAACACAAUUUAGAAGUUUUGCAAAGACUCAAGCUUGGAGAUCGUGUGAGGUUUGAUCGAGGGUUUUAUUCACACUGGGGAAUACACAUAGGGCGGGGUAAGAUAGUUCACUUGGCAGGUCGAGGUAACGACGGUAUCAACGCCAACGUACACAUAGGUUAUUCCUUCAGUAUCGCUGGCGUUCAGUUUAGCAAGGCAGAGAUAUGUAUAGAGGAUUUCUGGAGCGUUGUUGACGACAGCAAAGCGUAUAUUGAUAACAGUCUUGAUUCAAAACUUGAAGCGUAUGACCCAUUUACUGUGGUCAGCAAUGCAACCCAGCGACUAGGUGAAGUUGGAUACAACCUCAUUUAUUCAAACUGCGAACACUUUGUCAAUUGGUGUCGAUACGGGAAGUGCAAAAGUGAUCAGGUUGAAAAUGCGGUGACAGGUAUGGUCAUAGCAGUGGCUGCAGGGGUAACAGCUGGUCUCAUCUAUGGGCUCGUGAAGUACUUUGGAACCGAAGAAAAAGAAGUGAAAUCCAAGAAAUCAGAGAAAACACUGCAGUACUAUUGAUCAAUGGAGUUUUUAUAAUAAUAUCAAUUUCUGCAAGGCCGGAUGUCAGCAAGUGGAGACCCUGUGCAGUAUGUUUGUGAAGUCCCUUACAUUGUUUUGAAGACGUUUUUAAUCUUAAUGUUACAGUGAUGACUCGUCAUAGAACUUGUAUAGUUAUUCUUAAUUCCCCCUCUUUUUGAUGCAUAGAUACUAUAAAAUGGAUAAAUAAAUGUGAUUGAGUCCCAGGAGAUUGCAAUGCAUUGCUGGAGUGAACCCGGUUCUGUGCUGUUGUAUUCAUAAUGCAAUGCAAUAGAAAACUAAACUCCAAAACGAUGUGUUGCAAGUUUGCUGAUCUACAAUUAUAGCUGAUAGACCUACUUGUUGAAAGCUUAUCUUUCCUCUCUUUCUUCCUCUCUCUCUUUUUUUCUCUCCCUCCAGCUCUCUUUCUCACACGCCUUUUCGGGAAUUCCAAUGAAGAUGUUUCCCUAUUGAAACUUUCUCUUUGGGAACAGAGACCUACGCAUUGACAGGCAAGUCAUAUAUCUCCAUUGACGUAAAACAAACUUGGAAUCUAUUGACACGGCGACAAUAAUUUUUUGAAUAUCCUGUGCCUUUUUAAAACUGUUGAAGCUAGGUGAUACUUCAUCGAUGUUAAAAUAGUGUAAACUGUAAACUACUCUGACUUGAUUCUAGUUUUCAAUAUUUAUCUGGUGCUCAUAUUAAGAAAAGAAAUAUAAAUAUGUACAUACCUUUGAAUUGUAAUACAAUUGAAUUCCGUUAAUUGGACCAACAGCUUAAUUGGACCAUAACCUACAGUAAUGAAACAGAUUCUAUUAUGUUGAUCGGGUCAGCUGGUAACCAGGACCGAAAUGAUCGUGUCCCGAGUUGAUCCAAUGAACCAGAUCCCACUGUAGGUCUAUACUAUUAAAAGCUAGACAUUGAACCUCAUACAAUGUUACAUGUAUUUUACAAAUUAUGUAUUAUGUAUUUGUAUUUAGAUUUUUAUUAAAUUAUUAUAUUUUGUCAUAGGGCAAGUGAAUUAGUUUUAGAUUUGUUUCAGACUUUUCUUUUAUAUGGAAGGAAAAAAAACAUUCCUUUUACUUUCCAUUGUAGGCCUACAUGUAAAGUUCGUUUAUAUUAUUUAAGAAUGAUGUAUUCAUUUCAGCAUAGACUCAUCUUAAAACUAUAAACAACAGAAUAUACAACAAUAAAACUAAGGUAAUUUAGACAUUA